AUGCUGACGGGCAAGAACUCGCUGCUGAAGCGAUCACAGCACGAGAUCAUCGUCGGUGUGAGCGAGAAGACACAGGGGUACAAGGUGCUGCUGAAGCGCGAGAACAAGGUGGUCGUCACGCAGCACGUCAAGGACAUCGCGACGCUGUCGGAGGCGCAGAACGCGCAGCUCCAGCGCGCGAUGGACGCCGGCGACCGAGCGGGUGACACAAAGGAGGCCGAGACGACAGUGGCAGCCAUCACGAGUGGUGGCAGCACAGACGGGCGCGCUACGGCUCGCAAGAAGGGCGGAAUAGCGUGGACGAGAUCGGCGCACGGAACACGCGUCGCGUCGAAACGUGCAGAAGCAGCAGCUCGACAGGAGGCGUUAACUGAGAGCGGAGAAGUGGUGAACACGGCUUUCGAGCGCGACCCGAUAAGAUACAGUGAGGCGAUGCGCGGUGGAAAGCGUGACGGCUGGAUGAAGGCCAUGAGAGAAGAAAUAGCAGCUCUUCAGAGCUACGACGUGUGGACGAUCGUGAAGCGCGCGCCAGGGACGCACGCGCUACACACGAAGUGGGUCUACAAGACCGAGACGGACACGCAGGGUAACCUCGAGCGACUGACGGCGCGUCUGGUCGCUGAUGGAUCUCUCGACGGUCAAGGUGAUCCUGGCACUCGCGGCCACGUGGGGGGGGUGCCUGCCAAGCACAGCGACAUCCCAAACGCGUGCGUGAAGGCGGAGAAGGAGGCGCAUCUGCGCAUCUUCCUCCAGAUGCCGCGCGGAAUGCAGGUUUCGGAGGAGACGCUUCGUACGCACGGCGCCACGAGUGCGAGCGAGCUCGUGCUCGAGCUCCGCAAGAGCCUGUACGACCUUAAGCAGGCGGGCAGGCUGUGGAGCCUGCUGCUGCACGCCAAGCUGGUCGAUGCCGGUUUUGUGCGCUGCGAGAGCGACAUGUGUUUCUACUGGAAGCGGGAAGGUGCGGAUCUAGUAGUCGUCGGCGUGUAUGUCGACGAUCUCCUUGCGACAGGCACUAGCGCGGCAGCGGUGGAGAGUCUCUUCGAAAGCCUCGCGUCGCUUUCGAUAAAGGACUUGGGCCAAGUCAGCAAGUUUCUGGGCAUGCGCGUGCAGCUUGCCAGCGAGGGAGGACACAAGCUUGACCAGGAAGAGGCGAUUGGCGACCUUGUGAGAGACAGCGGACUCGUCGAUGCCAACCCGACACGAACGCCGAUCGGCGACGACUGCUACGAGAUCGAAGCGGACGUCACGGCGCUCUUAGGAACCACGGGCUCAAAGACAGGAGCGACGGUGCGCGACUUCCAGUCGCUGGUCGGCUCUCUGCUGUGGGUUGCGCGAUGCAAGCUCCCGGACAUCGCUUUCGCGGUGCACAAGGCGACCCGUCAGACGCAUGCGCCUCGCAUGCAUGAUUAG